AUGCAGUAUGAGGCAGAUGAGAGCGAGAGCAACGUGAUGAUGGUAUUCGACACCACAGUUGAGUCGUUCCGGCAGAUGCGUGCUCCGGAUGAUCUUUUCAGAGUUGACCUGUUUGAGACGGAUGGAAUGCUCGGCCUCUCGAGCCUCACUGGUGCAGCCACAAUCACAUCCAUUGAUAUCUGGCUGAUGCAGGACUACGAGACUGAGGUCUGGGCCUUGAAAUACUGGGUCGAGUUGCAGAUUCAAAGUUACUGGGAUUAUUUGGCCGCGCCUUGGGAUGGUGGUGUGCUUGUGCUGUUGAAACCUGACGACCAUCUACUUCAGAUUGACAUCGAUGGCAAGGUGGUUGCCGGUUUCCAUCACAGAGGCCUUAAUCCUACUCCACAUUGGCUCAAACAAAGUCUAGUUUCACAUACCUUUUUUCCGACACUGGAAGGUUAUGCUGUGAAUGCUUUGCCUUUCAUAUGA